CUACUACAGUGGCGUACAAGACGACGGAAGACAACAAAAACAUUGGGUGCGUCGCCUGUGAUAGCAUAGACUGUGAAAGUAGGUAAUCACAUGAAGACAUUUCGAUAAUAAUUUGAGAAAGUCGUCCAACUGAAAUAGAAUUUUGCGAAGGCAGUCGUAAAGAAAAUAACAGAAAAUAAGAAAAUAACAUGUCAGGUAGCUAGUUAUACAAGUUCAUUUUGAACAUUUGAUCCGGCGCCACACAAAACAAUUCAACGACUAAUCAGGUAACGCUAGCUAAAGGUAGCUAGCCCGUUACUAUAUUUUUGUAUUCGGGUGUGCCACAUGCAAUGCGAGGAAAUCAUCACCGACCGGUUCGUGGAAAAGACAGAAAUAUCAUAUCGCCUCCAGUUUAACAUUGACAUAAGAAGAGGAUAACCAAAAUGUAAUCAACCCUUUUGUAAGUCAUCAGGACUCGAGACAGGUCCUUGGAAACCAUGAAUGAACAAGAUGAGUCUGACCACUCAGGAACCACACACUACCCAGAAUUUCAGCUCCAUAAUGUCUCCACUACGACGAGCAUCAGACCACGACCAGGUGGGCGAGCUCGGCUCUACUCCGAGUCCCAGGUGUGCUCCCAGGUUGGCAGAAGGGAUGACACAGAGUUUCAGGAUGCAAUAACUCCUACUGAGGAGGGCGGGGGCGAUGGGGCUCCUUUCCGAAGCCGAUCACAGUCUGCUCCUCCUACACUGUGGGCUGCAAAGAAAUAUGGCCGCCAGCUGAGGAGGAUGAGUGAUGAAUUUGACACCUGGCUCGACAAAGGGGAGCCCACCAAGAGAGGGAUUAGCCCAGGAGGGGUCAAGCAGGUCUCCCGAGGAUGGUUCUCUUUCCUCUGGAGUCCAAACGAGGCCGAAGGCAGGGAGUGAAAAAGUUAACCUCUUUCAAAGACCCAGCCAAGGCAAGAACUCAUACUCAUUUCCAUAACGACUGGACCACAGCUGAAAUAUUCACGUCCCGUGUGCAUACUUUUGUGAAAAUUACAGUAUUUUUAUGGAAAAUAUCACCAGUUCAAAUGUGACCUUUUUGUACAAUCAAAUGUUAUGUAAAAAUUCACUGCAUAAUUGAAAAUAUGUUGCAAUAAUUAAUAAGUUAUUCAGUGCACAAUAGAUGCAUUUUCUAAGCGACAAUCUCUUGUGCUACUGACAUAUUUAUAACAUAUGUAUAAAUACGUAUAACAAAUAUUUCCAGAGAAAUUUCAUAAAUUGUUCUAUUGAAAAUGUUCUACAUUUGUAGGUAUGAAUUUCAAGAAGUUCACAAAAUGUAAAUAUACUUUCGAGAUUCUUAAAAUAUGAAACGUGUGAAAGAACUGAUCUGUGAGGACAAUAAUUAUUAGACAGAUAUGUUGUAUGUUGAACACAAUUUUCUAUUAUACAUAUUUUUUUCCCCCGAUUUCAAUCGUUAGCUAUGCUAGUCUAUUGAAUGCUUUAUUCUGCAAAAAUAAAUUCUGACUUCACAUAAGCUCUUACAACUCUUCAGGGUUUUGCCAAAAAUGUCAUGUUUUGACAUUCAACAAUUAUCCUCAUACAUACUUUGACUGGUACACUCAGUUUAUUUUGGUAUUUAUCUUAAACUUAGAGACUGUACAUUUCAUGUUCUUUCAUUUGCAAUCAUCUUUAAUUUUAAUCUGUAUAUUUUUUUCAAUUGUAUAUUAUGCAUACCGAUAUUUAAAACAAAGAUGAAGACAUAAUUACAAUCCAGGCCAUAUACACCCUUCAACUGCCUUAUAAGCAAAUAUUCUGAAUACUGUUAAGUCUUCGGUUGAAGAAAUAUGAGUGUAUAUAGAUAGGGCAGUCUGGUGUAGAACAACUAUGGUCACUGCCUUCAGUUAUAACUGAAAUUCUACUUGAAACUUUUUUGUGUGUCUUAACAUUUUGAUAUUUCUCCUUUUCAUUAAUAACUGUUAACUGUUUUUACAUCUUUUUAUGUUAUGUAACAUAUGAAAUGUUUGAAAAUGUCUUAUUAAAACUAGUGCUGCACCGAUAUAACAUUUUUGGCUGAUACCAAUAUCCAAUAUUUUCCUUGCCAAAAAACCUGAUAACAUUUUUUAGAGUCCCUUUAAGCAUUCUUGUACAGUUAAAUAGUUAACACACACAAGGAUGCAGCGGUCGAAGGCACUGCAUCUCAGUGCAAGAAGUGUCACAACAGUCCCUUGCUGUGCUGUUUUGUUGUCCAUUUGUUCAGCCGUUUCAUUCUCAACCAGGAUUUCUAUGGAACGCCGUUUGGGUCUUUGCGUGUCAAAAAAUAUACUAUUUAACACUAUUUGACAUGUCAAAUAAACUUGUUGACCAAUCAGGA